AUGCCUGAACGAUGCCGCAUUCACUCGAUAACUCACGAUCCGCCUCCAUCUGUCGACAGGAAGGCAUAUAGAUGCAAAGCCAACCACCAUGACGACCAGGACGACGACGGUGAUGGUGUGAGGGGUGGGGAGGACUCGAGUAUGAGGCACGACCAUGCCAAAGAGCAGGAUAGGGAUGGAGUGGAAGCAGGGUAUACUAGGGAGGGGUGGAAGGGCGGGAGGGUACGGGCGGGAGGGUGGGAUCAAGGUUGGGCUGCUGACGGUGAACAACAGGGACGACACCUAUGCUAUUCGAGGCAUCGUACGUAGGAUCGAAGGCGUCGCGAACGCACCCAAACUCAUGGCCAUGCGACCGCGGAUACCCUCGCCAUCGCCUGCUCCAUCCUAUCGAACAUCGGGCUCCCGUGCGCCGCCCAGCUCACCCACCGACCCUAAUCUUGUAUAUCCCCCAUUCUUUUGGCGGGGUAACAUGAAUCUGAGGUCCGUUUACUUCCUCGACACCAUGGCCAUUGUGUACCUAUACCCUAUCCCGACGCCCGCUUUUUCCCACCUGUGUCACCUCCCUACGGCAAUGCAACGAUCACCACACCAUCGCCAUCAAUGCUUCUCUCUCCAUGAGGCUUCGUGGGUGAUAUCGAUGCCUACAGCCUGCCACGCCCGCCCGCACCACAUUUUAUUUGCAUUUUGUACGCUUUAUUAUAUAUAAUAAAUAUAUUCAUUUUCCUUAAUAAUAAUACAAAAUUCUGAGAUGGGAUGUACUCCCGCAAGGCAGAAGUCGGGAGGUCCGGAUCCUUGCGGGAGAACUUCUGUCACGCAAGCAUCCGAAGAAAUUAUCAUUCGUAAGACCUGGGGGAGAGAGGCUUUUAUUAAAAAACUGUCGCCUGUAAUUACAGGUGUUUUUUCAAAAAACCGGCCCUAUCCGUUGCGACGCAGGUA